AGAAAAACAAGAAACGGUAAAGUAGGAUUCAUUGACACUGCGUCGGACUGGAGUCUCUACUCUCCCGCAGAUUGCCGCGCUGCGCUUGAACAAAAGGAAAAAACCAAGUUGGUGUUCAAAUCGUGAUCCUCCGAACAGCUCUACUUUCUCUUGCUUUGUGUUUUUUUUUCUAUCUUGGGCUCGUGUUGUUCUGAAGAAGCAAAGGUCUCUCGGUUCUUGUCUCGUGAACAAUUCCUUGGGUGCAAGUUCCGGGAUGGAUGUUGAAGUAGGGACCUGUAGUGGUGAUACCAUAUCUCUAAUCAAGAAAAGGAAGAUAUUCCCAGCAACAGAUUUUAUCUCAGAUGGGGUGUGGAGAGGGAUUAAAGAUUCUUUGCCUAUACUAUGUUCGCCUGAUUAUUACAUUGAGCCUUCUUUGGAGUAUUUGGCUACCAUGGAAUUGAUGGACCCUGGUUACUGCUGCCAAGUUCCGGAUUUUACUGUCGGGAGGUGGGGUUACGGGAGUGUCAGGUUUCUUGGUAAGACUGAUGUUAGAUGGUUAGGUUUAGAUCAAAUUGUGAAGUUUCGUAGGCAUGAGGUAGUGGUAUAUCAGGAUGAGAUGUCUAAGCCUGCAGUUGGUCAGGGCCUUAACAAGGCUGCUGAGGUUAGUCUGAUCUUGAAAGUAAGACCAGCAAACUCCACGAAGGAGCAAUUAGAUAGAUUUUUGAAGAAGUUGAAGGAAAACUCAGAGAGACAAGGAGCUUCCUUUAUUUCAUUUGACCCUGUAAAUGGUGCAUGGAAAUUCUCUGUUAAGCAUUUCAGCAGAUUUGGAUUGAGCGAAGAUGAUGAGGAAGAUAUUAUAAUGGAUGAUACGGUUGCAGCUCAAAGUCCCGUGGAGGUGAAUGGUGGUGAGACUUCCGACAUGGAUGAGGAAGCACCGAUGGAUACUGGACCGGAGCUUUCUCAUUCUCUACCAGCACAUCUUGGCCUUGACCCUGUAAAGAUGAAAGAAAUGAGGAUGUUAAUGUUUCCAGUUGAGGAUGAGAAUGAGGAGGAGAAUGAUUAUUUCAAUGGGAUUUCUUCAAGUCAGAGACGCUCCUUUGGUAAAGAGUUUAUAAGACCUCCUUUACAGAAUUCCAUUCAGAGGAUUAGCCAUAGAUCUAGUACUGCCAUCGGGAGGAAAACGCCACUAGCUUUGCUUGAGUACAACCCUGGUAAUAGUUCAAGCUCCCCUGGAACCAUUCUGAUGGCCCAGCAGAAUAAAGGCAUGCCUCUAAAGGCAGUAAAAGGAGACAGUUUUAUCCUGGACCUCAACCAUGAGACACCAGUUACUGGAAGCCAUUCUCACAACAUAGUUGAUGCAGGUCUCUUUAUGGGCAGGUCAUUUCGUGUCGGAUGGGGCCCAAAUGGGGUCCUUGUUCAUUGUGGUGCUUUAGUUGGGAGUAACGAUUCUAAAAGGGUAUUGUCUUCAGUAAUCAAUGUAGAGAAGGUUGCAAUUGACCAAGUAAUUAGAGAUGAAAAUAACAAAGUGGUGAGCGAACUUGCAGGUUUUGCUUUUGACUCUCCUUUAAAUUUCCACAGAGAAAUAGAUCAUGAAACGAAUGUAGUUGAAGUGGGGACUACCAAACUGAAGCUUCAAAGAGUUGUCUCCAAUCGCUUAAUGCUUCCAGAGAUUUGUCGAAGCUAUAUAGACAUUGUUGAGAAGCACUUGGAGGUUCCUGGGUUAUCUUCUUCUGCUCGUUUGGUUUUGAUGCACCAAGUGAUGGUCUGGGAAUUGAUGAAAGUUCUUUUCUCUGAAAAGGAGAGUAGUGGACAGUCAAAAUCUGUUGGUGCUGACAAUGAGGAGGAGAUGAUGCAGGAUAUAAAGGAAGGGCCUCCAGAUGUUGACCUUGAAGCGCUCCCUCUUAUUCGAAGGGCAGAGUUUAGUUGUUGGUUGCAAGAAAGUGUUUGCCACCGCAUGCAAGAGGAAGUUAGCUCUUUAGAUGAGUCCAAGUAUCUAAAGACCAUAUUCAUACUCCUUACAGGCCGACAGUUGGAUGCAGCUGUGGAACUCGCUGCUUCUAAAGGAGAUGUAAGACUGGCUUGUUUGUUAAGUCAGGCUGGUGCGUCCACAAUAAACCGUUCUGAUGUUGCAAGGCAACUUGAUAGUUGGAGGAUGAAUGGGCUGGAUUUUAAUUUUAUUGAGAGGGAAAGGGUUAGGGUUUAUGAGUUGCUUGCUGGUAAUAUUCAUGGUGCUUUGGAUGACAAUAAAAUUGACUGGAAGAGGUUUCUAGGUUUAUUGAUGUGGUAUCAUCUAUCCCCUCACACUUCACUUCCUGUUGUUUUCGAAACUUAUCAGCACCUUCUUGAAGAUGGAAAGGCUCCAUUUCCAGUUCCAAUUUAUGUUGAUGAAGGGCCUGUGGAGGAGGCUGUUGCAUGGGAUGGAGAGACACGCUUUGAUCUCUCGUAUUAUCUUAUGCUUCUUCAUGGCAAGGAAGAGAGUGAAUUUGGCUUUCUGAAGACAAUGUUCAGUGCCUUUUCUUCAACAAAUGAUCCACUUGACUACCAUAUGAUCUGGCAUCAGCGUGAAAUAUUAGAAGCGGUUGGUGUUUUCAGUUCUAACGAUCUUCAAGUUCUUGACAUGGGGUUUGUUUCCCAGCUUCUGUGUGCAGGGAAAUGUCAUUGGGCUAUCUAUGUGGUUCUUCACAUGCCCCGUCAUGAUGAUUACCCAUAUCUCCAAGCUACCGUUAUUCGGGAAAUCUUGUUCCAGUACUGUGAAACUUGGAGCUCAGAAGAAUCACAACGCGAAUUCAUUGAAGAAUUAGGCAUUGCUUUGCCGUGGAUGCAUGAGGCAAUGGCAGUUUAUUUCCAUUAUCACGGGGACCUCUUAAAGGCUCUCGAGCAUUAUCUUAAAUGUGAUUAUUGGCAUAAAGCCCAUUCUAUUUUUGUUACUUCAGUUGCUCAUAUGCUGUUCUUGUCAGGCAACCACUCAGAGAUAUGGAGGCUCGCAACUUGCAUGGAAGACCACAAGUCAGAAAUUGAUAAAUGGGACUUGGGAGCUGGAAUUUAUGUAUCUUUCUAUUUGCUUAGAAGCUCGCUGCUGGGAGAUAACAAUACAAUGACUGAACUGGAUUCUCUUGAAAGCAAAAAUAGUACUUGUCAAGAGUUCCUUACCCAUUUGAAUGAAUCUUUGGCAGUUUGGGGUGAUGGACUACCUGAUGAUGCAAGAAUAGCAUAUUCGAAGAUGGCAAAGGAGAUCUGUGAUUUGCUUGUAUCAGAUAUCAGUGACGGCACACCUGAUACCCAAUUUAGCUGUUUUGACAUAGCUUUUAGUGCUCCAAUUCCUGAAGACCUUCGAUCAACUCAUGUGCAGGGUGCAGUGGCCCUCUUUACAUGCUAUCUAUCAGAGACUACCGCUUAGUUUUUACUCAUUCAUGUUUUUGGGUUAUGCAAACUCUAGCUUGGAUGCUUGAAGCAUUCUCCUGCCACAGAAGUAGCGAUCCAUCACAGAUCGAGUUCUCUCUCUUUGCUCAAAAAGUGUCCUUUCCUGUGUUCAAGUUUUCUUCAUUGUUGCAAACAGCAUCCCUGCAAUAUCAACUGGUGAUUUAUGAGAUCAUGGAAAUUGGUCUUUCUGAAAGUAUUGGAUGAAUUUUUCGUAUUUAUUUGUGGUGAAUGUUUUUUUUCUGCUCAA